AUGCAGCUCCGCCGCCUCCUUGGUCUCUCCGGUGAGACAUCGCGCGGCAGGACCCGCCGGAGCUACACGCGACCUCCCGCAUCGCCGAGCCCCCGUGCGCCUCCCAACUCUUCUUCCCCUUGGGCGUCCUCUCUCCCCGCGGCCGCCACGGCCCCGGCGCUCACGCAAAGCAAGUCCCCCCCCUUCGCCGGCUUCAUCGACAGAGCGACCAGCGACGGCUUCCUCCUCCGCGGGGUGUACGAGAACGACGUCGCCCGCGUCGUCUGCAACCCGCUCACCGGCCAGCUGUUCCGCCUCCCGGACAUCGGCGGCGCGAGAAGCGAGGCCUCGCCCGGCGGCGCGGCGGGGCUCCUCACCCAGGCCGAUCGCGGGGACGGGCACGGGCCGCCUGAUCGGUACGCGGUGAUCGAGGUCGGCGUCAACGGCCACGUCAUGCACCGUUUCCUCUCGGAGACGGGGAGGUGGGAGGCGAUGCCGAGCUUCUUCUCCUCGCUGCCGUUCGGGCGUUCCACUAUCAUCGACCACCCACCGGUGGCGUUCGGCGGGCGGAUGUGGUGGAUCGACCUGGGCUGGGGCGCCGUCUCAUUCGACCCGUUCGCCGACGAGCCGGACUUCCGCAUCGUCGCGCUGCCGACCGGCAGCGUGCUGCCCGCCGAGGCGUCGGGCUUCGCGACGCGACGGAAGCUGAGGCUGAGCAGGUAUCGGCGAGUCGGGGUCAGCGACGGGAGGCUGCGCUACGUCGAGGUGCCCGCGUCGGCCGGGGCCGAGCCGUUCGAGCUAAACUCCUUCGUUCUCGACGAAGCGGGCAACCGCUGGACGCUGGUGUCCAGCGGGGAGCCCUUGGCUGACGGGAGACAGCUCUGCCCGGACGGAAGCCACAUCUUCGCGGAGGCGCCGUUCAUCUGUUGCAUCGAUCCGCUUAAAGGCAACGUCGUGUACCUCAUGGCCGGUCCAGGCAACCAGGUGGUUAUCGGCGUGGACAUGGAGACGGGGUUGGUGACUGGGGCCACUCUGUUAGACCAACUCAACUGGCUGACACCCUGCUUGCUCCCGCCGUGGCUUGGAUCAUGCCAGAUUCCUUCUUCAGGCAAGAACAAUGUGAAAAAUGAGGCGUUGGCUGAAAUUCUGGUUCGUUCAGACAGAGCCAAGUAGAUACAAAGUUUUCCAGGUUUUUAAGAUUAAGAGACAGGCGUUUUGAUGGAUUAGGAAACUGAUUUUGGUAGUUGUCGAACUCUCUUUUUGGGAAGAUUUGGAGACAGGAGUUUCUUCAGUUUUUGGGAAGAUAUGAACUCUCUUUUGGGGGAAAAUUCUGACUGUUUCUUCAGUUUUUGGGAGCUUUUUCUGCAGACCUGUUAUUUGUAUUAGAAUGGCAAUUCAAUCAGCGUGUGAUAACCGUCACAGGACAGCAUAUAUGUUUAACUGCAAGUCAGUAACGUCCUUUCUAUGGAUAGGCCUAUGCAUGUUUUGUACCUUGUGACAAAUCUAAUUAGGGAGCCCUUAUUCGUCCUGUUCUGCAAGUUAACUGUGAUUGUAUUGUUUCAUCAACAGAACAGUAUAUGCAUUGGUCGAAUAUGGAAGACGAAA